UCGUUCUUUCACACAUCUCACCUUACUGGUAGCACACUGCAUACAUAUUAAUUUAUACAAAACCUUAUUCCUUUGGAACUAUAUCAAGAUCACCAACAAUAUACCAACAUGAAUGGUCUCCUCUUCCUGGCAUACUGCAUACACAUCCUGGGUCCACUAUUGUGUGGAGCUCAAGCUACCCUAACUCCUUUUGUUUUUUUGAGUACUCAGAAUCCUGCCUCAGAUACACAAGACAACAUUUCAAAAGCAGACUCCACUGCUCCAGCUUCUCAAACACAAUCCCUAACUGGCUCCACCAGUGUUGCCAGCCACAUGCCUGAGGUUGCCACUACGCCAGCUGUAGCAGUCACUAAGAGUCAUAUCACUUCAUCUUCACCUUCACCUACCCCACAUCCCACCACCCCUUCCACCCCCACUCCAAGCUUCUUCAUCUUUUACAGUAAGGAAUGCCUUCCAGUGUUCAUGGUGGCCGGCGGACUGAUCUUACUAUGUGUUAUUCUGCUGAUUUCUACUUUGGUGUUGAUGUGCAAAAUGUGUCAGUUGAAGAAACACAUCAAGAUGCUGAGCAGCAAUGCUGACCAGAUCAGCACCACCAACUAUUGGGUGGGAACUGCCAAGAAGAACCAAAGCACGCCAGAGACAGAAGCCAAAGAGACCACCGUGUUAAUGACGGACAUCAGUCAAACAGUGGAGGAGGUGGGUAAUGGCACCACCAAGGAAGAUGGGGGGAAGGUAAACGAGGAAGGACAAACUGGAGAGGACAACAAGAAGGAGGCGGGAGACACUGCCAAGAGUGAGGAAGCUUCAACUACACCUGCAACCGUUGCUGAAGAUGCAUCCUCCUCAAAGCCACAAGAGGAGGCCACUGAUUCCCAGCCGACUAAAGCUGAAGCAGCCUCCUCCUCCACAGGCACUGAGGAACCAAAGGAUGCGGUGUAGAGCUGUGUGUGCAUUGCAAAGAGUUUCCUGUGCACCUGCCUUUACUUCCCUAUAGUUUUACAAACCCUUUACGGUAAAUAAAAGAUACUUUUUUUAGCAGCUUUUUUACUUAACAAUGAGUUGAACGACUGCUUCUGCUGAUAAAUCUUUCAAACUGAGUACUUAGCAUUUCUGGUUGAAACAAUUGGUUGUCUGUUAUUUGUGUUUUUUGAAUACUGAAAUAUAUUGAUAUUAUAAUACACUUUUGCUCAGGUCCAUUUGUGGCUUACUGAUUUUACUUUUUGAGAUGUACAUACAUGUAUACCACGCGUGACAUAUGCAACAACCAGAUGAAUAAAACACCUGUAACUUCA